AGCUUUGCAGCAAAGAUAAAGGUAAGCGUGUUGUAUCCACACCGGGAGCUUGACGAUAUAUUUCGUCUCGUGUUGAUGUAUGACGACCAGUGACGCCAAUUGACCAUACUCACGACGUGGUAAUUAGUGGUUACGAAACGAAUUAUUUAACGUACAGAAUGUUAGAACCAGGUGAUAUCCUCAAUCCACCAGAGGAUGAGCCGACCCAGUCUGACCCGGUAAUUCCAGUGGAAACUGCACCACGGCAUAUGGAAAACAUUGUUUCACUGGAAGGAACAACAGAAAAGACUUGUACUCAAAAAAAUGUCAAUGAAGAUGCUCAGGAUUUUGGUGUCCUAGCAACAGAUGUGUCCAAUGUUAAAAAUGAGGAUAUUCCAGAGGACGGUUCGUUAAUGAGUCUUCCAGAAAAAAAUAAAACUCGGGGAACUUUUUUACAUGAAGUGGAAGAUUCCAAUGUAGCUACCCCGGAGGAAGUUGUUCCUUCACCAAUUGUUUCCUCGCCAAAAGCCGAUACUGCAGAUGUUGAUAAUGGAAAUGACGGCGUGAUUGUUACCGAAAUGUCCGUGGAUUCAGAACAGACUAAUGAGGCCAAAAAUCAUGAAAGAGGAGAUGAAAUGGACUUCUGGGAAAGUUAUAGCAAUGCUUCUACCAUUCCAUAUGACUUCAGUUGCACCCAUCAGCUGGCAGGCUCAUGGAGAGAUUUUGAAAACGACAAAGCCAAUUUUUUGAAGGGAUGUAAAUGGUCUCCCGAUGGAUCAUGCAUUUUAACAAACUCUGAUGACGACAUCCUGCGAAUCUUUAACUUGCCCGGUGAAAUGUAUGAAGGCAAGUAUGAUGACUUGCCGGAAAUGAACGCUGCCUUGUCAAUGGCAGAGGGAGAAUUGAUUUACGACUAUUGUUGGUAUCCAAUGAUGACUUCUACUGAUCCCAAUACCUGCUGUUUAGUGAGCAGUGCCAGGGACCAUCCCGUCCAUAUGUGGGAUGCAUUUACUGGAGAACUGAGGUGUACAUAUAAAGCCUAUAACCACUUGGAUGAAAUGGCAACCGCACAUUCCUUAGCAUUCAGCUUAGAUGGGAGAAAGGUAUACUGUGGUUUCAACAAAAUGAUUCGGGUUUUCACGACAGAAAGACCAGGGAGAGAUUGUGAGACAAGACCCACGCAUGCCAAAAAGAUGGGUCAGUCUGGUAUUAUAUCAUGUAUAGCUUUAAGUCCACAAGAACGAGAUAUUUAUGCUGCUGGCUCCUAUUCUAAAUCUGUUGGAGUUUACACCGAGCCUAGAGGGGAAUUGCUUUUCCUCUUGCAAGGACACCAGGGAGGUGUGACACAUCUCAAAUUCUCACCAGAUGGCAAUAGACUCUAUAGUGGAGGACGAAUGGAUUCUGAAAUUUUAUGUUGGGACAUCCGUAAUCCGGGAGUGGUUGUACAUCGCAUCGUGCGUGAAGUGACAACCAAUCAGCGGGUGUACUUCGACAUUGACAGCUCUGGUAAAUAUGUUGUUUCUGGGUCACAGAAUGGUAGCAUAAUAAUUUGGGAUACGUCGAUUUCUAGUGUGAGUGAGGACAGUAGAGAACCAGUGAUUUAUCCUGCAUACAGGUUUUGUGCACAUAAUGAUGCAGUAAAUGGAGUCAGUUUCCACCCAACACUUCCCAUGCUAGCAUCUGCUUCUGGGCAGAGGAAAUUUCCAGUUCCUAUGGCAACUGAAAGUGAUAGUGAUGAUGAUAUUCAGUGCAUGGAUCAAAUUGAACGAGACAACUCAUUGCGAUUGUGGUCAUUCAUGUCAGCAUCAGUGUCACAUUGAUAUACAUCUAACGGAGAUCUGAUUUAUGCAAGUACAAUUAUGGUGGCUACUAUAGUAUGGUUACUUUAUAUUAAAGGUUUUACCAAGACGCUGUAUCAUUUGUCUAUUUAUUGACUACCUCUAUUGUGAGGCUAACCUCCACAUAAACAGUUCUACACGAUUUAUAUUUAUAUAACUUGUAUAUACAGAAGACCACUCUUUUGUAACGCUUUACUUCUUUUAACAUCUGAAGUCCAGAAUAAACGAGUGGUAUAUCCUUCCGAGUGGACAUUUCACAUCGUCAAUUCAAGGUGUGCAUUAUACGGCCAGGUUUGUUGUAUCUAUCUAUCAUGGAGGAUCAUAUCUCAAAGUACAAACCAGAAUUUAGGCAACUAAUGUGAUGCCAUCAAUCUUAUAAAAUUUUUUCUGUUUUCUAGAAAAGUUUUUUUUUUUCGUACUCUUUAAUAUUUAUUACAUACAUUUGUAUAUUUAAUGUGUGCAAUUGUAUUUUUUUUCAGUAAAA